AAACAGGCCAAGUGGUUCUUUUAAAGGACCUGAGCAAUCUAUCUACGCUAAUGAAAAGUGGCAGUACCCGUAACAACUUAGAAGUUACUGUCAAGGAACUGACAGAGCAAUAUGGUAGGUUAUUAUGUAGGUUUUAAAUGCUGUAGAAUGUGUUGUUAAUGUGCAUUUGGGGUGGUCACGUGUAGGUUCAAGUGUGCAUGUAAUGACAAAUGACCAAAAAGAACUAUUGGGAGUCCAUUUUCAAGAUGACCAAAUGAAAAGGGCAUUUGAUGCUUACCCUGAGAUAUUAUUUAUUGAUGCCACCUACAAGCUUCUUGAGCUGCGGUUCCCAUUAUACAUUAUCCUCAUAGAAGAUGGCAAUGGGCAAAGUGAAAUUGCAUCAGCAUUUUUGUUACUUGAAGAGACCGAAACAUCACUAUCAAAAAUCAUGUCUAUUUUUAAAGAAAACAAUCCAUCCUGGACAGCUACCAGAGUUUUGAUGGCAGACAAGGACAUGACUGAACGUGACGUACUAGCAUCAAAUUUUCCAAAUGCUGACCUUUUGAUUUGCCUCUACCACACUCUCAGGUCAUUUCGCCGAGAGAUUUCUUGUGAAAAAAUGGGCAUCACAUCAGGUCAGAGAACCUUGUAUUUGGAACUUCUCCAGCAAAUGGCAUAUGCCACAAAUGAAGUAAAAUAUGCAGAAUUGUAUUCUCGUUUCAAAACCAACGCUCCUGCAGCUGUAAUCGACUACUUCAACAAGCAGUGGCAUCCCAUUCGUAAGCAAUGGACAAUGGGUAUGAAAUACAGCACAGGCAACUUCUUGAACGCGACCAACAAUAGACUUGAAUCACUAAAUGCCAAAUUAAAAUCUGUCAUUCCCCGCUUUUCCUCCAUGGAAACAUUCACUGAGAAGUUCUUUGUUAUUCUGAGAGUACUACGGUCAGAACGAGAUCAUAAUGCAAGUCUUUCAGUUUUGAAAGUACCCACUGCAUUUCAUUCAACCUCUGAUGAAGCAAGCAAGCAUUAUAUGCGGUGCCUUACUCCCUAUGCCUAUAAGUUUGUGAAAAAGCAAAUGGAUAUGAUUGCAAAAGUUGCAUUAAAAUGUGCAGAAAAUCAGCAGUAUCAUGUGUCCUCUAGUGAAGGCAAUAUUACAGUAACUGCAACCUCAUGCCAGUGUCUAGGAUGGCUCUCAAUGAGGCUCCCAUGCCGUCAUAUACUGUCCGCAAGGGCUGACAUUGGCAUGAGCUUAUUCGACGAAGAAUUAUGUGACAAAAGGUGGACACUACACUACUUCAAGUCAAUGCACAGAUUCAUUGCGUAA